AUGAUACAGUUGCCAACCAUCUGUGGACAUGAUACAGGUUUAAGGGGGUCAACGCUUCAGGUGAUGGGGAUAUCUGUUGAGGAAGGUGAGUGGGCUAUUGUUGGUGGGACAGGACAGUUCGCAAUGGCAAACGGUGUCAUAUACAAAAAGUUCCAUGAGCAGAGGAGCGAUGGUAACAUCAUAGAACUCACUGUCCACGCGUUCUGUCCCGUGCUGAAUGGCUCGCCGAGCCUUCUCACAAAGCUUGGACCAUGGGGUGGAAGUGGAGGGUCGGAUAAAGACAUCGUUGAGGCACCAAGGCGUCUAGAGAGCAUCACAGUUAGCAGCGGCUUGAUUGUUGAUUCAAUCAAAUUUUCUUAUGUUGACCAAGCUGGCCAGAAGCACACAGGUGGACCCUGGGGAGGAUCCGGAGGAAAUCAAAACACGAUCGUACUCGGGGCUUCUGAGUUUGUGAAGGAAGUCUCUGGGACACACGGCAUUUUUGACAAAGACCAACACCACAUAAUAACGUCACUGAAAUUCAUCACCAAUGUGAAGGCUUAUGGGCCUUUCGGAGAAGCAAAGGGAACCCCUUUCACCAUACCUGCGGAAAAGAAUAGCAGCAUAGUGGGCUUUUUCGGGCGUAGUGGGAUAUAUCUCGAUGCGCUUGGUGUCUACGUGUCCAACUCUAGCUAA